CCACGAUGCGCAGCCGCCUCCGCGACACUCUCCGUUCUCGUCGGUCCUUCCUCGAAGGCUCGGCCCCCACUGCGCCGGCGCUGCUGGCGGCUGGCCGGCGCUGCCGCAGAGCACCUCGGAGACGGCUUGCAAAUCAGGACAUCCAUGCACAGCGCACGCCCUAAUUCUAUCAUAUCGUGCCCCAGGUACACCUCAAACCCGUCCCCCGUCCGGCCGUCCCCAUGACAUGCCGAGCGUGCUGUCCCGCUCCCCCGGCAAGGUGCCGGCAGCCGGGCCGCGGCACCCUUGUUCUCCCGGCGGCUUCCCACUUCGUCUCUGGGAUUCGCUGCCACCAGUACCCAAAAAGCUCUCCUCGCCUCACCUUUGCCCACGCUGCCAAACACACCUUCAGGCUUGCUUCCACUGAGGCACGCCGCCUCAAGGUUCGUCCACCUUUCCUCCACUGGACUAGCGUGCGGACUCGGAAGAUUUCUUCAUGUUUCGCCUACAAAGCAACUGGUUUGCACAACUCGCUAAACAAUGACGCUAUUCAGGAUGAAUUUGAUUCUGAGAGAUCGGCGUCUCCUUUCUCGGUUGCUGGAUUUUUUAGCAGGAUGUCAUUCUGGUGGAUAAAUCCCUUGAUGAAGAAGGGUUACAGAAAGCCUCUUGAAGAGAAAGACAUACCUGCGUUGGAUGUUGCAGAUCAAGCAGGCACUCAGUACUCAAUGUUUGUGGACAAAAUCAAUGCUAAGCAAUCAUCUCUUUUCUGGGUAAUAGUGUCAUGCUACAAAAGGGACAUUCUGUUUUCUGGGUUCUUCGCAUUGCUCAAGGUACUCACUCUAUCUUCUGGUCCGUUGCUCGUAAAGGAAUUUAUUAAUGUAUCCUCAGGAAAAGAAGCUUUCAAGAAUGAAGGUGUUGUGAUAGCUCUUGGACUUCUUCUGUCUAAAUGCUUGGAGUCAUUAGCCCAAAGACAGUGGUAUUUUCAAACACGGAGGGUGGGAAUCCAAGUGAGGUCACUCUUGUCUGCUGCUAUUUACCGAAAGCAACAGAAAUUAUCAUGCUUUGCCAGUAUAAAACAUUCUUCUGGAGAGAUAACGAACUAUCUCAUAGUAGAUGCAUACAGGGUCGGGGAGUUUCCUUUCUGGUUCCAUCGGACAUGGACUACUGGCCUCCAACUCGGCAUUGCCUUGGCAGUACUAUACGACGCAGUUGGUCCUGCAACAAUAGCGUCUGUGCUUGUUAUAAUGCUUAGUGUUCUACUGAAUGCCCCUCUGGCCAGGCAACAACAAUAUUUCCAGAAGAAACUCAUGGAAGCUCAAGACAUGAGGUUGAAAGCUAUGUCCGAGUCUCUUGUGAACAUGAAGGUCCUGAAGCUUUAUGCAUGGGAGGCCCACUUCAAGAGUGUUAUCGAACAUCUUAGGGAGUUGGAGCUAAAAUGGUUGUCAGCAUUCCAGCUAGGAAAAGCAUAUACUAGUGUUGUCUUCUGGGCAUCACCUGCACUUGUUUCAGCGGCAACAUUUAUCGCAUGCUAUUUUCUGGGAGUCCCACUUAAUCCUAGCAAUGUAUUCACCUUUGUAGCUGCACUGCGCCUUGUUCAGGACCCUAUCAAUCAUAUUCCAAACGUUAUUGGCUCUGUAAUUCAAGCAAGGGUUGCAUUCUCUCGGAUAAGCAGUUUUCUUGGUGAAUCUGAGCUGCCAAAGGAUCAAAUUUCGAUGGAGCAUUGUGUGUGUAGUCAGUAUCCUAUAGUAUUCAAAUCUGGCUGUUUCUCAUGGGACAGCUCAGGAAAUUCAAAUCUGAGGAAUAUUAGUUUGGAGGUGAAAGCAGGAACGAAGGUAGCAAUCUGUGGCGAGGUUGGCUCAGGAAAAUCCACUCUUUUGGGAGCUAUUCUGGGAGAGGUCCCAAGGACAGAAGGAAUGAGUCAUGUUUGUGGGAAAAUUGCAUAUGUUCAGGAUGCAUGGAUUCAAACAGGAACUUUGCAGGAGAACAUACUUUUUGGGUCUAACAUGGACAAGCGAAGAUAUGAAAACACUCUCCGGCGGUGUUCUUUGGUGUAUGACCUUGAAAGCUUGCCUUUUGGUGACCGUACUCAAAUUGGGGAAAGAGGAGUUAAUCUUAGUGGAGGACAGAAGCAACGUGUCCAAUUAGCUCGCGCAUUGUAUCAUGAUGCAGAUAUAUAUCUUUUGGAUGAUCCUUUCAGCUGCGUUGAUGCACAUACUGCUGCAAGUCUUUUAAAUGAAUAUGUGAUGGGAGCUUUAUCUGAAAAGACAGUUCUGUUAGUAACCCACCAAGUGGAGUUCCUACACGCAUUUGAUUCUGUUGUCUUAAUGUCCCAUGGACAGAUCAUGCAUGCUAGUUCAUACCAAGAACUGCUAGUGUCUUCCAAACAAUCUCAGGACCUUGUGAAAGCACAUGAAGUCAGUACAGACAUUCCUAAUGUUAAAAAAAGGGCUUAUAAUGUAGGCAAGCAGUUUGAAAGGGACGCCGGUGUUAUUCACGGUAUGGCAAAAGAAUCCAUCAAGUCAUCAGCAUCUGAUCAACUAAUUAAAACAGAGGAGAGAGAAAUUGGCGACACUGGACUGAAGCCUUAUUUAAUGUAUUUGGGCCAGAACAAGGGCUACAUAUAUGCUAGUCUUGUUGCUAUUACUAACAUUAUUUUUGCAUCUGGGCAAAUAUUUCAGAACUCAUGGCUUGCUGCUAAUGUUCAAAAUUCCUGUGUAAGCAAAUUGAACCUUGUUCUGGUGUAUACAGCCAUUGGAUUUGGUUCAAUCAUUUUCUUGCUAUCUAGAGCUCUGUUAGUAGUUGAUCCUGGUCUCUGGACAUCAAGACCUCUAUUUGCCCAACUACUUAGUGCCCUAUUCUGUGCACCCAUGUCUUUCUACCAUUCCACUCCACUUGGAAGGAUACUUAGCCGUGUAUCAUCUGAUUUAAGCAUCAUCGAUCUUGAUCUUCCAUUUACAGUGUCCUUCAGUAUUUGUGCCACACUAAAUGCAUAUAUCAAUUUGAGUGUUUUGUGCUUCUUUACCUGGCAAAUUUUGCUUGUUGCUGCACCUGUUAUCAUCAUGGCUGUCAAAUUGCAGAGAUACUACUUAGCCUCCUCAAAGGAAUUGAUGAGGAUCAAUGGCACUACAAAAUCUCUAGUGGCCAAUCAUCUUGGAGAAUCGAUUGCAGGAGCAGUUACAAUAAGAGCCUUUAAGCAAGAAGAUCGUUUUUUUGCUAAAAGUUUGGAGCUUAUCGACAAUAAUGCAAGCCCAUCUUUCCACUGCUUUGCUGCAACUGAAUGGUUGACUCAACGUUUGGAGAUAAUGGGUGCUGCUAUUCUUUCCUCGUCCGCACUUGUUAUUACUCUUCUUCCUUCAGGAACUUAUAGCCCUGGUGCUGUAGGGAUGUUGCUCUCUUAUGGUCUGUCACUUAAUAUGUUAUUCCUGUUCUCUAUACAAAAUCAAUGUUCUCUUGCAAAUCAAAUAAUCUCUGUUGAAAGGUUGAGCCAAUACAUGGGUAUUGUAAGUGAGGCACCAUAUAUCAUGAAACAGAAUUAACCACCGGAUGCAUGGCCCUCUGUGGGUAAGAUAGAACUUGAAGGUUUGGAGAUAAAAUAUAAUCAAGAUGCUUCUCCACUACUUCAUGGAAUUACUUGCACAUUUCAAGGUGGCGAUAAAAUUGGGAUAGUCGGUCGAACAGGAAGUGGCAAGACAAGUUUGAUAAAUGCAAUUUUUCGUCUUGUUGAGCCUUCUGGAGGAAAGAUAAUCAUUGAUGACUACGACAUCACAGAAAUGGGGUUACAUGACUUGCGAUCUCGAAUUGGUCUUAUCCCUCAAGAUCCUAUACUCUUUUAUGGUUCCAUAAGAUAUAAUUUGGAUCCUCAAGGGCGUUUCUCGGAUGAACAAAUCUGGGAAACUAUACCCCAGAUGGAAUACUCCUUGGUGGUCAGUAUAUUACAUUCCUCGUUCUAGGCAAAUGUCAACUAAUUGAAGCAGUUAAAGACAAGCAAGGAUUGGAUUCACAUAUUGUGGAGGGAGGAUCAAACUGGAGCAUGGGCCAAAGGCAGUUACUUUGCUUGGCCCGUGCGCUAUUGAGAAGAAACUGCAUCUUGAUCCUUGAUGAGGCAACAGCAUCCAUCGAUACUGCAACUGAUGCUAUUAUUCAGAAGAUAAUCAGGACGGAAUUCAAGGGGAGCACAGUUAUCACAGUUGCACAUCGGAUGCCAACAGUGGUGGACUGCACCUGGGUACUUGUUAUUAACAACGGCAAAAUGGUAGAAUACAAUCGACCUAACACACUGAUGGAGAUGGAAUGAUCUUUUUUUAAGGAGCUUCUGAACGAGUACCGGCUGCAAGCAUCGAAAGGAGGCUUGUAGAAAAAUGUUAUGACUAUCCUGAAACACAUGAUCUAAGGUUAAAAAUUCUAAUUAUUAUGAUUGCCCUGAAUAGAUAUUUGUUAUCCUGUGAAAAAUAUUAUGUGCUUUAAUAAACAGUUUUCUUCCUUUAUUAUCAUAGACGAGAUACGACAUAAUCGGGUGGAUUUUCCUUUUGAAGCAUCAAGGAUAUAGAGCAUGUUUGGCUGCAACCCUGGAGCAGAGUCGCCUUGCGUUAGACCUGCCUGGAAUGUGCCAGGACGCUAUUUGGUUGGAGGCUUGGCUGUUUGGUUCGCGUCCUGUUGCCUUCACGCCUGACCUGAAGCCUGCUGGUAUACUGCCUGGAGGUUGUUCGGUUUGACUCUCGGGAAAAUAUCAGGUGAUACCGGUCCUUACAUGAUACCAUGAUGCCAACCUGCAAAAUUUGAAUUUAAACAUGUCAAAAAAUUCUUAAAAAAAUCAUGGAUAUUCACAAAAAAUAUCAUGGAUGUUCACUAAAAAAAGUUAUGGACAAUCGCUAAAAAAUUCAGAUCAAAAUUUGAAAUAGAGAAGGAGAAACAAAAAUGAAAAACCAUCAUGAUUAGUGUCAAAACAAGACAAAAGCAAGAAUGACACUAUUCACAUCUGAAUUUGUCUUUUUGUUUCUCUUUGUGUAUUUUGAAUUUUGAUCUGAAUUUUUUAGGGGUUGUCGACAUAUGUAUUGUGAACAUCCAUGAUUUUUUUUCAGAAUUUUUUGGGAUGUUUAAUUUGAGUUUUGCAAGUUGGUAUCAUGAUAUCAUUUAAGGAAUGGUAUCACCUGAUACUUUUUUGAGUCUAGAGGAAUAGAAGCUAGCCUAUCAACAUCUUGAUUAGCCUGCACAUGACCCAGGCACCCCGAUUAGCCUGGCCCAGGCGCUAGGAAUCGGUCAAACAGGCUCGCCUGGAGUAGCCUGGCGAUAAAUACUGAUAGUACCUUAUCCGGAUUUAUUAGUUCCCGUCGUAUUUUGGAUCAAAGUUUGAUCAUAUAUUUGACUAGUAAAAUGUUAAUGCAUGUAAUUAAAAUUA